AUGAUCCGGUCACAGCUAAGGCAAAUUGCCUCUCAUGGCGACCGAGCUUGGAUGGGCAUGACCGCCAUGCCCAUCCGCCAAUUCUCUGUUUCGCAUGUGGCAGCUGCGGAGGGUCCGGCGAAGCCAACACAACCCCGAGGUGAACCAAGACAGAGACCUGCGCCUACAGGACCUCCUCGCAAACCUCGACCAUCCAGUAGACCGGCCCCUUCUUCAUCUACCGGAAUGGCCAAGGGAUCUGGUGCUGGCAACACGUUCAAACCGCGUCCCGCACGUGCAAUCGAUGCGCGUUCCCUGGCUGCUGCUCCCCGUACAGGAGGCGAACCACCCAAGAUCAUCCGUCGCCCUCGUCCUCGCACCGGACCACCUGGCAAGCCCAUGCUCGGCCGCAAAGGGAAACUAGGUGCCAAGGGUGCUCAGAAACCCCGCCGCACGAAGAAGACGCGUCGCUCUGCGGAGGACUUCGACGAGGAUGAGAGCGUGGCCGCGGCUAUCAAGAAAGCCGAGGACGAACGGGAAUUGAAGAUGCGUCCGGUACCGGUUCCCUACGAGCCCAAGCAGAUUGACUUUGCGGCUCUGAAGGAGACUUGGCCUGCUCUGCCGACGACCACGCACGCCCGUUCGGCUGCCAUCAUUGAAAGACUGAGUACGCUGAGUGGUCGUUUCCCAGGUGGUUAUGUGCCUCCUCAUGAGCUGGGUCGACGACUGUACAAGGGUCAGAGUGUCCUGUUUGAGACCGAAGCGGAGAAGACGGAGGCGCUGGAGGAAGUGAAGCGGCUGGCUCAGGCUCGCGCUGACAAGGUCUCUCAGAGAAAGGGAGAGCCCAUUGAGCCUCGGGAUAUCAAAUUCAGUGCUGUCAGCCAGGAACAUACCCAGGCAUUGAUGGAGACCUAUGUGCAAGGAAAAUACCCUACUGUGGAAAUUGGCAAAGACCAGCCCGCGGUCAUGGGCGAAGUGUUGAGAAACUUGCGCAACAACUCGACUUAUCAGACUGCUGGAAAGCGACCUCAAUUCUUGGCCAAGGUCGAGUCUCUGCUGGCGUCGAGUCGCGUCAAGCGGUCUUAA